AUGUCUUCAGCACCCGAGCCUCCAGCCUUUAAAAAGGAGCCGCCCAAGGAGAAAGACCCAGGAAACGUAGGACUCAGAGGGGUCCGCACCACAACCUUAUUUCGAGCUGUGAAUCCAGAGCUCUUCAUUAAACCUAACAAACCUGUAAUGGCUUUCGGAUUGAUAACCCUUUCGCUUUGCGUGGCUUAUAUCGGUUACCUACAUGCGACACAGGAAAAUAAGAAGAACCUCUAUGAAGCUAUUGAUAGUGAGGGACACAGUUAUAUGAGGCGGAAAACAUCUAAAUGGGAUUAA